AUGUCUUGGGAUCUAGAGGACACGCUUUCCAAGGACCAGCAGAAACAGGCUCCAUACCCCUUGGACAAAAACAACAGUCCUCUUUCUGUUGACAACAUGGCUCCUCCUUUUUUUCUUCACCUUCAUAAAUUUGAG